AUGAGGAAGUUGGUGGACGACAUUCUUCUAUUUGAUUCAGACUUUGCGGCACAUGUUCAAAGCGUUGGGGAGCUCCUACUUCGAUGCCGAGACCAUGGUAUCUCAGUGAAUAAAAACAAGUUUGAUUUUGGUCAACCCGAGGUCAACUUUGUUGGAUUUCAAGUGGGGGUUGACGGCAUUCGUGUUGAUCCGGCUAAGAUCAAAGGAUUGAGAGAAUUCCCAAAACCCUCGUGCUUGAAGGAUAUGCGAUCUUUCAUGGGCAUGGUGAAGUAUUUCAGUGGAUUCUCGAAUAAAGUGGCGAAGCUUUCGUUACCUUUGAGGCCAUUAAUGUCAAAAAAAAGUAGUUUCAUUUGGUCAUCGGACCAUGAUGAUGCGUUUGAGAAUGUGAAAGCAGCAUUAUCCGAAUUACCAACUAAAACCCCAUACGACCCGAAUCUGGAAACUGUGUUUGAGACGGAUGCAGCAGAGAGAUGGUUGAGUGACGCUGAGAAGAAUUAUGGAAUGUCAACGUUGGAGAUGAUGGGCGCUUACUGGGCUACCAAGAAGCUAGAUGGAUUCUUGAGAGGUCUCCCACAUUUUACGAUCGUAGCUGAUCACCAGGCAAUAGUUCCCAUGAUGAACUCGAAGACUUUAGAUGAAAUUGAAAAUCCAAGACAACGCGAGGUCAAAGAGCUCAUGCAGCUCAGUGGAGAUACCCCAGGCAAACGAUCUACUUGUGGACAAACUGGAGGAUCAUCAUAUGGUUCGGUUGAUAGGUACAGAGGUGGAUGA